GAGUUAAGGGGAAAAACACUUUUACUUAACCCCCUCAAAGAGUCAAAGGUACGGACUACGGAGAUAAACACAUAGAGGAAGAAUAGUCAAUACGAGACUUAAAACGCCAAGUAGACGGCGACGACAACAAUAACAAUAACAAUAACGAGAUCCAAAAAGGAAAAUCAAUCACUGAACCGCUGUUGUACCACGCGAAGAAGAAACACUUGUACCAAAAUUACCAGCACACAAGUCAAAUCAAAUUCAUCGUCGUCGUCGUAGGAGAGAAUGAUCGCCGCCGGAGUUGAAGACGAAGAGAAAUGGCUUUCCGCCGGAAUCACCGGCCUUCAACAGAACGCCUUCCACAUGCAUCGAGCUCUGGAUUCCAACAAUUUGAAAGAUGCGUUGAAGUACUCGGCUCAGAUGCUCUCGGAGCUCCGUACUUCUAGGCUCUCUCCUCACAAAUACUACGCUCUUUAUAUGCGAGCGUUUGAUGAAUUGAGGAAAUUGGAGUUGUUCUUUCAUGAAGAAACGAGGCGAGGUUGUUCGAUUAUUGAACUCUAUGAGCUUGUACAACAUGCUGGCAACAUCUUACCUCGACUGUAUCUUCUCUGCACGGUAGGAUGUGUUUAUAUCAAGUCAAAGGAAGCUCCAGCAAAAGAUAUUCUCAAGGAUUUAGUAGAAAUGUGUCGAGGUAUCCAACAUCCUCUGCGAGGGCUCUUCUUGAGAAGUUACCUUUCUCAAGUUAGUAGGGACAAAUUACCUGAUAUUGGUUCUGAAUAUGAAGGAGAUGCUGAUACCGUCACAGAUGCAGUUGAGUUUGUGCUGCAAAAUUUUACUGAGAUGAAUAAACUUUGGGUGCGGAUGCAAUACCAGGGACCUGCGCGGGACAAGGAUAGAAGGGAAAAGGAAAGAAGCGAGCUUCGAGAUCUCGUUGGGAAGAAUCUGCAUGUUCUAAGUCAGAUUGAGGGAGUUGAUCUGGACAUGUACAAGGAUACUGUUCUUCCUAGAGUCCUGGAGCAGGUAGUCAAUUGUAAGGAUGAGCUUGCACAAUAUUAUUUGAUGGACUGCAUAAUUCAAGUAUUUCCCGACGAGUACCACUUGCAAACUCUUGAUAUUUUGCUGGGUGCUUGCCCACAGCUCCAGGCAUCAGUUGAUAUCAAGUCAGUCCUCUCGAGUUUGAUGGAAAGGCUAUCAAAUUAUGCGGCCUCAAGUCCAGAGGUAUUGCCGGAUUUCUUGCAAGUGGAUGCCUUCUCGAAAUUGAACAGUGCAAUUGGGAAGAUCAUAGAAGCACAAGCUGAUAUGCCUGUUGUUGCUGUUGUGACUUUGUAUUCAUCUCUUCUUACCUUUACCCUGCAUGUCCAUCCCGACCGGCUUGAUUACGCUGAUCAAGUAUUGGGAUCCUGUGUCAAUAAACUCUCCAUCAUCGGGAAACUUGAUGACAGCAAGGCAACAAAGCAAAUUGUUGCACUUCUAAGUGCUCCACUGAAUAAAUAUAAUAAUGUUAUUACUGCCUUGAAGCUUUCUAAUUAUCCUCGGGUGAUGGAAUACCUUGACAAUGAAACAAAUAAAGUCAUGGCAAAGAUUAUUAUUCAAAGUAUUAUGAAAAACGAGACUUAUAUAUCUACUGGGGAUAAGGUCGAAGCAUUGUUUGAAUUAAUAAAAGGGCUUAUAAAGGACACAGAUGCUACUGCUGAUGAUGAGGAUGAUGAAGAGGACUUCAAGGAGGAACAAAAUGCUGUAGCGCGCCUUAUCCAAAUGCUGCACAACAAUGAUCCAGAAGAGAUGUUCAAGAUUAUAAAUAUAGUGCGGAAGCAUAUAUUGGCCGGUGGAGUGAAGCGUCUGUCAUUUACCGUUCCACCCCUUGUGUUUUCCUCCCUUAAGUUGAUUAGAACGCUUCAGAACCAAGAUAUGGAUAAACCUGAAGACGAAGCAGAGGGUACACCAAAGAAAAUUUUUCAGCUAUUGAAUCAGCUUAUUGAGGCUCUUUCAAAUGUUCCUGCUCCUGAGCUCUCAUUACGGUUAUACCUGCAAUGUGCUGAGGCUGCAAAUGACUCUGACUUGGAACCUGUUGCCUGUGAAUUUUUCACUCAAGCAUAUAUAUUAUACGAGGAAGAAAUUUCGGGCUCCAGAGAGCAGGUGACUGCAUUACACCUAAUAAUCGGUACUCUUCAAAGGAUGCAUGCCUUUGGUGUUGAGAACAGGGAUACUCUGACUCACAAAGCGACAGGGUAUUCAGCAAAGCUUUUAAAGAAACCCGAUCAAUGUAGGGCUGUUUAUGCAUGCUCUCAUCUCUUUUGGACGGAUGAUCAGGAAGGAGCCAGGGAAGGAGAGAGGGUUCUACUUUGCUUAAAGCGGGCUCUAAAAAUCGCAAAUGCCGCUCAACAGAUGGCUAAUGCUACUCGGGGUAGUGGUGGUUCAGUUAUGCUGUUCAUUGAAAUCCUCAAUAAGUAUCUCUAUUAUUUUGAGAAGGGAAACAACCAAAUCACGGUCAAUACAAUCCAGGAUCUAAUGGAAUUAAUUACUACGGAGAUGCAAAGUGAUAAUGCGGCAACAGAUCCUGCUGCUGAAGCUUUCUUUGCAAGCACAUUGCGGUACAUCCAAUUCCAGAAACAAAAAGGUGGCGCAGUUAGUGAGAAGUAUGAACCUGUCAAAGCUUGAACCUGUUCUUAUAUGUAAUUAGGCAUUUUCACGUAUCACUAGUUAACGUCAUUGAGUAUUAUUGUAACCAGUUUAGUGAGGUAACCUGAUGGAGACUGUUUGCUUGACCUCAUUCCGAGGGCAUGAUUUUUUAGGUCUCUUAUACUAACUAUAUGAGCUCACUGCAUCUAAAGUUUUCUUUAAUUCAUGAGUGUGUGUAAGUCACUUCAUUGUGCAGUGGAAACUUUAGUUGUAAAGACUGGUAAAAUGGUGUAUAACUUUCCCUUUCUGUUUUCAAUUUUUUUGUGGGAUUUAUACAUGACUA